UCUCACAAUGUCGUACAAAGUUCGUUUACCAAAAAAAAACUGAAUUUAUAUUGUGUAAUAAGGUUAAUGUGUUGUUUUGUCACACAAAUAAUGCCCGCAAUAUGUUUAUUUGUUUUGUAAACGGCCAUCAUUCAAAUUGAUUUUAUUUGAACUGAGAGUGUGUACCGACCACAAUUUUUUAGUAAAUGAUACAAAUGUCAUUCGUCGUCUUAGUCAUAUUCCAAUUUUCUGUGUAUUUCUCAUAAAAGACGACGGAAAAGAGAGAAAAAAAGGAAUUUCUUUUUUCUACAUUGAAGUGUGCAUAAGGAUCGGCUUUUGUUAUCGAGAAAAUUGUAAAAAUUGUGAAUCGAGAUCUACAAUUUGAAUCGGAAAUGUUACAAUUUUGAAUUAAAAAAUCGGAAAAGAAUUUGCAUUAAAAUAAAAAUUGAUAAGGUGUUGUGCUUAUGUGUUUAUAAUUAAAACAAGAUUAUAACGCGCGAGAGAGGGAGAGAGAUAAAAAAAUAACAAAGAACGAUAAACUCGAAUCUUUUCAUAGCUGAUUUUCCAAAGAAUUCCGCUCGAUUGCGAAUUACGUGUUUUUUGCUACAAUAAAAACACACUACAACACACGCAAACUUUUUUUUAUUAUUAUUAUUACCAAGCAAUAGCCAUGGCAAAGAAAACUUACGAUUUAUUGUUUAAAUUGUUGCUGAUCGGAGAUUCAGGUGUAGGCAAAACCUGUAUACUUUUUCGCUUUUCCGACGAUGCAUUCACGUCAACGUUCAUCUCAACGAUAGGCAUCGAUUUUAAAAUCAAAACGGUCGAAUUACGCGGAAAGAAAAUCAAAUUGCAAAUCUGGGAUACAGCUGGCCAAGAAAGGUUCCAUACAAUCACAACAUCAUAUUAUCGUGGAGCAAUGGGUAUAAUGCUGGUGUACGAUAUCACAAAUGAAAAGAGCUUCGAGAAUAUUGUGAAAUGGCUUCGAAAUAUAGACGAGCAUGCAAAUGAAGAUGUGGAAAAGAUGAUAUUGGGCAAUAAAUGCGAUAUGCAAGAUAAACGAGUUGUAACGAAAGAUCGGGGCGAGGCCAUAGCCCGUGAGCAUGGUAUUCGCUUUAUGGAAACAUCAGCCAAAGCAAAUAUUAACAUCGAACGAGCAUUCUCGGAGUUGGCGGAAGCCAUUUUAGACAACACGGCCGGCAAAGAAAACACAGAAAAUCCCGAACGUGUCAUCGUUGAUCGUCGCCAAGAAAAACCGCCGGCAUACAAAAGUUGUUGUGCUUAGAUUUCUUUACAAAUUUUAUGUUUUUUUUUUUUGUAUAUCAACAAAAAAAAGAUCACCUUUUUUUAAAUGUUAGUAAUAAAAUAUUAUGUAAUUGUAAAAUCAUGCAAUUGAAUGUGGCCGAUUAGAAAAUGAAACAAGAAAAAACGAAAUGAUGGCAAAAGACCAAUUCGAAUGAGAUAGAUAAGAAUGAACGGAAACAGAAACUAACCACAACACCGAUUAAUACAUAUACAAUCAGUCAUUUGUAAACAUAACAUAACAUUUUUCAAGCAACAACAACAGCAAGAACAAAAUAUUCUUAACACAGUCCGACAUCAGACUAUGAUUUUUUUUAUAUAAAAAAACAAAAAAUUAAAACAUCUUUAUACUGAAAACGAACGCAAGAGAUAAUAAACACUCACAAAAUGUUAUGUGUGCAUCGCUUCUUA